CACUACAAAAUAGGAAGUGACAAAACUUUAAACUACCGCAUUCAUAAAUUCACCCAGUAAUUCUGUACAGAGCGUGUCCGGCCACAGUGCGAGUUAUCUUCACUGUCACCGGGUGCAGUCAGUUGAUUUUACAUUUCCAUUUGUGUACAGAUUAAACAAACAAGAUAAAAAGUGAGUUUUAGUGAGUGUAUUUUUGAAUUUCGGAGAGAGCUAGGCUAGCUGUCCCCCCCUCCUUCUAGUAAUGCACAGACAUUAGAGUGGUAUCCAUCUUCUCAUCUAACAUUUGGCAGUGGUGGAAUGGGUCAUCGCAGCCAGGAGGACAGUAUAAAGCUGAGUGCCGGUCUUGGAGAAACGGCAGCAGCACAGGAGGAGUGUGCAGGCCUUUGACACCGCUACAUACUCAAAAGCCAAAGCUAUAGCCAUGGACACCAUCACACAACAGAACAAUGCCCCAGCGUUUAAAAAAUCCAAGAAUAUCAACCACUUCACAGAUGUGCACGGUCUGCCUUGCAUUGAGAAGAUUGUGAGCUCAGUGGAGGACACCCCCGAGCCCAUCAGCACCGACAUCACUGGCAAAAUCCCAGAAUGGAUCAACGGGAGCUUCUUGAGAAACGGGCCUGGGAAGUUUGAGAUUGGAAACCAGAAGUUCAACCACUGGUUCGAUGGUAUGGCUCUCCUGCACCGGUUCCAAAUAUCCAACGGUCAGGUGACUUACAAAAGCCGCUUCCUGUCCAGUGACAGUUACCAAGCCAACAAGGAGCACAACCGCAUCACAGUGUCAGAGUUUGGCACCAUCACCGUGCCAGACCCCUGUAAAAAUUUCUUCCAGCGCUUCCUGUCAAGAUUUGAAUUACCAAAGCCCACAGAUAAUGCCAAUGUGAGCUUUGUGACCUACAAGGGUGAUUAUUAUGUCAGCACGGAAACCAAUGUCAUGCACAAGGUGGACCCUGACACACUAGAGACAACUGAGAAGGUGGACUGGAGCAAAUUCAUUGCUGUGAACGGAGCGACCGCACACCCUCACAGCGAGCCUGAUGGAACAACGUACAACAUGGGGAAUUCCUACACCACUAAAGGAGCGUACUACAACAUCAUCCGAGUGCCACCGACCAAGAAAACAGCGGGGGAGACCCUGGAGGGAGCCACAGUGCUGUGCUCUAUUCCCUCAGUGGACAAGACCAAACCAUCCUACUACCACAGCUUUGCAAUGUCGGAGAACUACGUGGUGUUCAUUGAGCAGCCCAUCAAGAUGGACCUGUUGAAGAUUGUGACAGGCAAGCUGAGAGGGAAGAGCAUCAGUGAAAGCUUUCUCUGGGACCCGAAACUCAACACUAUCUUCCACCUGAUUCACAAGCAGACAGGGAAGGUAUGCUCCAUCAAGUACCUUGCCAAGCCGCUGUCAACCUUGCACCAGAUCAAUGCAUUCGAGGAGGACGGCUUGUUGAUCAUAGAUAUGUGUGCUUCGGAUGAUGGCCAGGCAAUCACUAACUACAACAUCCAGAACCUGCGCAAGUCUGGAGAAGCUCUUGAUGAGGUGUAUAACACCUUGUGUAGAAUCUUCCCACGUCGUUUCGUUCUGCCUCUCAAUGUGGACCGUGAUACGCCCUACGACCAGAACUUGAACAACCGGCCCAACAGCGCAGCCACUUCGAUAAGAAUUGCCAAGAGCAAGGUCUUCUGUACCCAUGAGGACCUCCACGGAAAGGAACUUCAUCAAUAUGGAGGUCUGGAGUUCCCUCAGAUCAACUACGGCAAGUACAACACGCACCCCUACCGCUACUUCUACGGCUGCGGCUUCAGACAUCUUGUAGGAGACACACUGAUCAAGAUGGACCUCCACGGGAAACACAUGAAGGUGUGGGAACAACCUGGUCUUUAUCCCUCCGAACCAGUCUUUAUACCCUGCCCUGAUGCCACGGAGGAGGAUGAUGGUGUCGUCUUGUCUGUGGUCAUCACUCCCAAUAAGGACAAGAGUACGUUCCUCCUGGUUUUAGAUGCCAAGACGUUCGAGGAGCUGGGCAGGGCUGUGGUGCCUGUCAACAUCCCCUACGGUUUCCACGGGACAUUCAAUGCCACGGCAUAGACGUGUGAGGACACUACACAGAUAUUAAUGUAUAGUUAGAAAAAAAGUCCUACUCAAGUUUACUCAUACUGUAGCUGUUAUGUUGAUGUGCUGUUAGAAACCUUCUGAAAUCACAUCUUGUUGUAAAUAAUUUGGGGGUUUUUUAAACUUAAACCAUUGUUUUGAAUAUUUUAAUUCAAGUCCAUUUACAGUUUGAGAUAAGGACUGUGGGGGCAAAAUGAAGACAAUUUGUUUUUCAAAUGCAUUCCUGCUAUUCUAUACACACACACUGUGACUGUAAUCAACAUUUUUACACAACAAUAAAUGUACAGGUUCAGUUCAAGUUCAGCAAAGACUUUUUACGGCAUCCUAGUUUUUAAGAACUGAUAUGUAAAUGCACGUUUUGGCACAGGGUCACAUGUUGGAGAGAGCUAUGUUAAUUUAAUGAAUGACUAGUGUAUGAAUUAAUGAAAAGGUACAUUUUCAAAUACACUCAUGGAACAUUGUGAAUACUCUCUAAAUUUAAAGUACUUCUAUGUGCACUCAUUUCCUCGUAAUAAUCAUUUUCAUGAGAAAUGUUUGCUUGCUAACUAAAGGAGGGUAUCAUAUCAACACGACAGCAGAUACAGGUUUUACAAUAACCAUUGUAAAAUAUUGUAGAAAGGCAUUGUAUUGAUAUAAUUGGAAUACUUUGCAUAGUAAUUUCAUUCUAUAGAAACGGCACAUUUCAGUCACCGAUAUGUUAAAAUAUUUACAAAAAUAAACACCACAAUAUUGAGUUCUGAAUAUUUCAAAGUAAUUGUUUAUGUCAAUUUAUGAAGCUGUGGCAACUGAGUGACACGCUUGCCCUCUUGCUGGCUAGCCAUUUGUCUUAAUACUGCUUAAAUACCACUUAAAAACACAAGCAGAGAUGGUGUAAGUGGCCAUGUGAAAGGAAACAAAGCUCUCUCUAAACUUUCAUCUAGGCCUGUAAAAUGGUGUUUCUUUACUUUCAUAUUCCCUUUUUUGUUUUUUAUUUGGUGUGUGUGUUGGGGGAGAGGGCAUUCCCCUCAAUCCCUCUUUAUAUUAGCUGACAACAACGACAACAUAUAAAAAUCUUUUGUACUUAACAGGCAAUUUAAUUCUUUACAAACUGUAAUAAAUACUUUUUGCAUAC